CUGGGGUGAAGCCCGGGUGGCCUUCCCCCUUUGGCCAGAGCAAGCGCUCCGUGCGCAUGCCGCCAUGGACGACUUGGAUGACCUGUUCUCCUCGGACACCGAGGAUGAGGAAGCGGCCAGGGCCAAGUUCGCGCGGAAGCUCGAGGAGGCGAAGCUGCAGAAGGAGGAGGGCAACCAGCUGCUGAAGCGAGGCGAUGCCAAGCAAGCGGAGGUCGCCUACCGUAAAGGCCUGGCGUCCAUCUGGGCGCCUUACCGGCAGCGAGAGGCGGAGGCCGCAGCCUUGGGCGCGGCCUUGGACCUGAAUCUGGCGCUUUGCCAUCUGCGGCUGGAGCAGUGGGAGCAGGCCUGCCGCUGCACGAGCCGCGCCCUGGAGGUGGAGCCUUUCAAUGGCAAGGCGCUGUACCGCCGCGGCCUGGCGCGGCACCGCCUGGGCCUGCUGCAGGCGGCGGAGGAGGACCUUCAAGGUGCCUUGAAGGUGGCGCCCUCUGCGGAAGCGCGGCAGGAACUGGCGGCGGUGCAAAAGCAAAGGGGCGAGGAUACAAAGAUCCCUUCUGGAUUCCUCAAGAAGACGGAGGCCGUUGCCAAAGAGCAGGCUUUGGAACCUGAAGAGCGACCGGCGGAGGAGUCAGAUUGGGCCGUGACCGAGCAAGUCCAGGACGCCUUGCAGGAGGCCCAUGACUUCUUACUGGCCAUUGCUGAACGGCACGUGGCCUGCAGGAGUCAGGAGGAGGUCGCUGCUCUUUGCGAGCAACUGGACCAGGUGGCCGCACUGGUGCCGCGGGUCAAAGGCGCCCUCGAAGCGGCCACCCUGGUGCCGGCGCCGCUUUCGACGCCUCCCGUAUGUGAGGUCCAGGAGCUGGUGGAAGCGCUGAGCGCCAAGCUGGUGAACUUCCGGCCCUUCUUCCAGCAGCAGGAGCGCAAAGUCGGGGAGUUCGAGAGUUUGAGGGUUUGCCGCCAGCUGGGCGAGCUGCCCCACAACUCCAGGUGGUACAGCUUUGACGUAGAGCUGGUGCGGUGGGGCGACUCCAAGGCGGCCACUCCGGCCGAUUUUGCCGCCCCGCUCUUCCCGCCCACCGGCGAGCCCAGCGCGUCGCCGGCUGCGGCCUGGCAGCGGGAGAUCUUCCAUCGCAUCUUCAUGAAGGAUGCCAGCAAGCACGUGGCGGGGGCGCUGUUCCUGCUCCUGCGGGAGCAGCUGGGACGACUGCGGCUGCAGGGCCGCCUCGUGGAAGACCUGGGCCUGGCCCACGGCAUGUUCUUCGCCCCCUUGGCUCCGCAUGGCCCCGCGGAGGGGCAGAGCGAGGCCGCGCGGCGGAACUCGCUGGCCAUCUGCUCCGGGGAGGACCGGCGGCUCAUCGCGGUGCCCUCCUUCACCAGCCUGGGCUGCGCGCACAAGUGGCUGCUGCUGAAGGUAGGUGACGAGGAGGGCGAGGUCUAUGCCUUGGACCCCUGCUGUGGUGCCCUGGGCCUUCUUAACGAGUGUAGCGGCCUGUCCCGGCUUUGGCCCAUGCGCGCGGACGAGCGCUUCGUGGUGCGCGCCUCUGCCUUCGGUGAAGCGGCGCUGGGAUUGCUGGGCCAUAAGACGGGGGAGGCCCUCAAGGCUCUCACCCAGGGUGACGGCCUCAGCACGGCCCUCAAGGCCAUGGAGGCUGCCAGCAACUCGAGGCCGCCCGAGCUGAAGGGCCUGGCAGAGGCGGCGGCGCGGCUGCAGGUGGCGGCGCAGGGCCUGGGGCUGCCGGCCACAGCCGCGGCGACGGAGGAGGAGCUGGAUGCGGCCCACAAGGCGGCGGUGGAGGAGCUGGUGCGACGCAAGCUGCGAGCCUACGGCUUUGAAAAGCUGGCAGACCAAAUCGGCGCAAAAAUUGGCUGGCGCGCCUGGGCGCUGCUCGCGUUCAUUUCCGGGGCCUGGUGCUUUGCGCAGCCGCGGUAUGGGAGUUCAUUUCGCACCAUGAAGUCCAAGGCCAGCUGGCGCUUCAAUGAGGAGGACGAGGACAAGCGCAGCCUCCUGGACAAGCUGCGGAGCACCCUCACGCGGCCCAAGGAGUUGGCUGAGACGGUGGCGGCCCUGCAGCAGCGACGGCUCUUGACAGAGGCACGGGAGUACACCUUGGUGAUCAAGGUCUUAGGCCAGCUGGGGCUUUGGCGGGAGGCCGUCGGCAUGCUGGUGGACAUGGAGAGGAAAGGUGUCAGCCCAGACGUGAUUACCUACAAUGCGGCCAUCAUGGCCCUUUCGCGGAACAAGAGGUGGAAGGAGGCCAUUGAACUGGUGGCGGAGAUGUGGGAUGCAAAGAUCAUUCCAGAUGUCAUCUCCUACACAAGUGCUAUUUCAGCCUGUGCUAGUACUGGCCAUUGGAAAGAGGCCUUGCAACUGCUUGCAGAGAUGGAGCGAGCGGGGAUACGAGCUGACGUCCGGAUUUUCAAUGCCGCGAUUAACGCGUGCGCGCAGGCGGGCGAGUCCCAGCGUGCUUUACAGCUCUUGGAUGGCAUGCCAGAGAGAAAGCUGACGCCGGACGUCAUCACCUACAAUGCUGCCAUCAACGCAUGUGCCAGGAGCGGGGAGUGGAAGCAGGCCAUUCAGCUGAUUCAGCGCAUGAAGGAGCAAGGCCUGAAACCGCAGACACGCACCUACAACAGCGCCAUCAACGCGUGCGAGAAAGCUUUCCGUGGCGAGGAGGCGUUGCAGCUACUGCAGGACAUGGCCGACAGCCAGGUGCGCCCGGACGCGGUGACCUUCAACACUGCGAUCAGCGCCUGUUUGAAGGGCGGGCUCCGAGCGGAGGCCCUCGACCUGUUGGAGGAGAUGCGCGGCCUUGGUAUCCCGAUGGAUGUGAUUUCCUACAGCGUCGCCUUGAGAGCCGUGGACACUUGGGAGUAUGCCUUGCAGCUCAUGUCGGAAAUGCCGGACAAAGCCAUUAUGCCGGACAACAUUGUUUAUGGUGCUGCCAUGGGCGCCUUCGAUCGCGGCCGGAACCUCGCGCUGGCUCUCAGGUUCCUCCAGAACAUGCGCCUCAGCGGGCUCCAGCCGGAUCUGGUGAUCCUGAACUCGGUCAUCAGUGCCUGCGACAAGGCUGAUGACUGGGAGCAGUCCUUGGCGUCUCUCGUAGAGGCCGAAGCAGACUCGCUGCACCCAGACGUGGUCUCGUUCAGCAGCUGCGUGAACGCCUGCGGGAAGAGUGGGGAGUGGGAGAGAUGCCUCCAGCUUCUUGAUGAUGCAAGGCAGGCCUACGUCUUGCCGGAUGCUAUCCUCUACAGUGCUGCCAUCAACGCCUGUCACGUGGGCACUCAGUGGGCAAAGGCAAGCAGGCUGCUGCAGAAGAUGCGCGCCGAUGCCAUCAUGCCAGAUGAGUCCACGCUGAGUUCUGUCAUCAUGGCGUGUCGGGAGUGCGAGCAGCUGCAAACAGCCGACCUGCUUCAGCAGCAGCUGGAUGAGAUGAGGAAUAAGCGACGGUGA